AUGGCGGACAGCGUGGCGGGGCUGGCGCUGUCGCCGCGCCGCGCGCCGCCCGCGCGCCACCGCUCCGCCGAGGAGUCGCAGGCGCAGCAGCCGCAGCCCUCCACGGCUACCAUGAGAGGGUUUCCUCGCGUGGUGCCAACGGAGGGUGCGUCAGCGCUGAGCGCGCGGCGGCGCACGCUGGACUGCCUCGCGCCGGCCGCGCCGCCGCGCCGGGGCGGCUCGCUGCGGGUCCCGCGACACCAGGCCCCGCCCGAGAAGCCCACCAUGGCCUUCUGCAAGCGGCGCCUCUCGUGGCCUGAGGUCGACAACUCCGUGAAUUCAGGGGUUCAAGAAACAGAUGGGUCCUACUUCGAGAGUUUCACGGCGCUGUCGUGGCGUCAAGAGAACCGGCGCCUGGCCGCCCUCAGGCUGGCCGAAGCUAGGGCGGAGCGCCCGCCGCCCGCCCCUCAUGACCUGGGGCUCCCCAGCGUGUCCGCUCAGCUCUCGCACAAAGAACAUGAACAUCUUUACACUGAGGUGCUAUACUGCAUUGAAAACGCAGUGGGCGCUCCAGCACCCGGCGGCCAGUUCGCUUCAUACAAGGAUGAGGUGAUCGAGUACGCCCGCCGCGCGUUCCGCGUGUCUCCCGAGAUGCACGCGCGUGCAAUGCGCGCGGCCGGCAGCGAGCGCCCGCCUACUGUUGUGCUGGGCUGCUCGGUGCUGGAAGCAGAUGGACUGGAGGCCAAAGACGCUAACGGUUUUAGCGACCCGUAUUGCAUGCUGGGUAUCCAGCCAGCUUCCCUACCAGCAUCGCCACGGGCCUCAGAGGACGAAGGCCGCAAGCACGGAUUCAGGCUGAGCUUCAAGAGGCGGGACGGGCGCCAGCAACGGGACAGCCUGGGACGACUCCCAGCGCGCUACAUCCGCGCGACCAGCGUCAGGCCCCACACACUCUCGCCUAAGUGGAACGAGACUUUCAAAUUUGACAUCGACGAUAUAUCGUCGGACGUGCUUCACCUGGACAUCUGGGACCAUGACGACGAGAGCUCGGUGCUGGACGCGGUGUCCCGCUUGAACGAGGUGCGCGGCGUCCGCGGUCUGGGACGGUUCUUCAAGCAGGUCUGCCAGAGCGCCCGCCAGGGCAGCCAGGAUGACUUCCUUGGUUGCGUCAACAUCCCUCUCCGCGAGAUCCCGUCCACUGGGGUCGAGGCGUGGUACAAGCUGGAGGCGCGCUCGCAGCGCUCUUCGGUGCAAGGCCGCAUUCGCCUGCGCCUGUGGCUGUCGGCCCGCGAAGCCGGCCGGCAUGAUGAUGACAACUGGCAACAGGUUCGCCAACAUGAGCGCCUAUUCGGGGUGCUGCUCGCUCACGAGGUGGAGACAGCGGCGUGCGGCGCGGCGAGCGGCGCGGAGAGCGACGCAGGCGCAUGGGAGGGCGAGCUUGGCGGCGCGGCGCAGACGCUGCUGCACCAGCACGCCAUACAGGGGGAUAUGAGUGCGCUGCAGGCCGCCAUCGCUAGAUUCGCUGCUGCCUGCCGCUUGAACAGUGAUGCUCCGCUGGAUCCCAAAUACAUGUACAAGCUGCUUACCGAGCUGGAGCGUGCUUGGUGCGCGAGCGAAUGCUCAAGCAGCAGCAGUGGCAGCGGCAGCGGAGACUCGGGCGGCGUAACGCGUGAUGAGGAGCGCUGGCUCGCCGACUGCUUCGGGGAGUUUGUAGAGCGCGCGCUACACCAGCUGCGUUUGCACCGGGACCUGUACCCCGUGCUGCACCACUACAGCCUCAACAAGCUGGAGUUCCUGCUGCGAUGUUUAAGUCAGCUGUCACAAAUGAAAGCGUUCUGGAGAUGUUGUCCCUUCAACAAGGAAAUCAGGACAGAGAUAGUGGGCAGCCUGCGUAAGGGUACAGCGGAGUGGUACGAGGCUUUAUGUGCCCAGGACACGGAGUCGGAGCGUGGUGAGGACCUCGUGAAUCUCAUCACCCUCGUGCAAAUCGAUCUGCAGCAGGGCCUGACUUACUACCACCCGCUUUUCGAGACGACUAACAAUGUGCCAUACUUCAGUGUUGUCUUCACACAAAUUGAUAAGAUGGUGUCGGAAGAUGUGCGGCAGUGCGUGGAGCACUGGGUGGCCGAGGGCUGGUGCGGCGUCGCCGAGGAGGAAGUGUACGACGAACAGGGAAAUGGAGUAUGUAUUGUGUCGGCAAAGACGCUCCCGUUUGAGGUGCUAUCAGCGGUGCGCGAGCUGUGCGCAGCGGCUGCGCCCGCGCCGCCUCCUCACCUUACACACGACCCGCCGCCGCAGCUGCUCGACGCUUACAAGUGGUUCGAGCCCCUGGUGGACCGCUGGCUGGCCGUUACCAAGACUAUGGCGCUGCAAAGGGUCCGGGCGGCUGUCGAACUCGAUCGCCCAGUAGAGGGGGAACACCUCGUGAAGCACAGCACCUCAUCGGUGGACACAGCGGCUUGCCUCUACCACAUGCGACUGGUGUGGCGCGCCAUUGGUGGCUCCGAGGAGGGUACUGGCGGUGGCAGCCUCCGCUUGCUGGAAGCGGCCUGCGCCACCGCGCUGCAUUACGCCGACCUCGUGCACGGGGCGCUGGCUGACCAGGGAUACUACGAGAACCACGGUCAAAACAAGACCACCGAAGAGAUCUGCACGAUCGUGAACAAUCUGGAGUACGUGCGCCGCUCGCUCGCCGAGUACGACGACGAACACAUGUUUAGCAACAGAACAGACCACAUGAGCAGUGCCGAUGAGAACGCCCGGCAGCUGGUGCGUGGAGCCCUGGGCACGCUGGAUGCCCGCUCGGCCCGCGCUGCCGCGCCCCUUGCCGCACGCUCCCGCCCGCCACUUAGGAAGGCGGUGUUCCAUCUGGCCUGGUCACCGGACACGUUGCCGACGGCACAGGCAAUAACUCCUCUUCUGGAGUACCUGGAUCAGCACCUCUCGUCCCUGAACACGUGGCUGCUGCCGCGCGCCUUCACCAGAGCCCUGGCUGGGUGCUGGAGCGCCGUGCUGAAAGAAGUCUCCACCCAGGCCGACGCGGGUGGCGCGGAGAGACCCAGGGUCUACCACCACAGGCUGCGGGAAGCCCUUGACUUACUCGCUGACUUCUUUCAUGCCGAAGGAAAAGGUUUGCCGAUGCAGGAGGUGCAUAACGUAGAAUGGGGCCGUGUGGAACAAAGGAUGCAAUAUCACCAGGCUCCAACGGAGGAAUUACUGGAAGGGUGGCUCGCCGAUAGAAUAACCGAACAGUUGCGCACUCCGCUGCCCUCACCAUACGGGUCUAUACUAGUGAGGGUAUAUUUCAACCAUGACUCGCUAUGCGUGGAAGUUCUGUCAGCUCGCGACGUCAUUCCUCUCGAUCCAAAUGGUCUCAGCGAUCCAUUUGUAGUUUUGGAGCUUCUUCCAAAACGUCUCUUUCCGAAAGCACAUGAGCAAACCACGAAUGUCCAAAAGAAAACUCUUAAUCCGGUGUGGGACGAGUGCUUCGAGUUCAGCGUGUCAUUGGAAGCGUGCCGCUCUGCGCAGGCGGCUUUGUCGCUUUCGGUGUGGGACCGUGACGUGCUCACCGCGGACGACUUUGCCGGCGAAGCCUUCGUGUCGCUGGCCAGGAUACCAGGCGUCAACAGCCACGCGCCGCCCGACCCCUUGCGUCCGCUCGAACUACCUUUGAUGCAGCUUCACGAUCGGAAUCACCCCAUCUUACAAAUCCUGGAAUCACGUACCACUGACAAGAUGGCCAUGGAUUUCGUUAAGAAACAGAAGCUACGAUUUGCCGAACAGUAAACUGAUUUGUAUCGUCUUUGUCAGAUAACUUUUUUAUUGUUGAUUUACGUUAUUUCUAUUUGCACACUCGUCCAAUAUAAUGUCGACAAUAUAUUAAAAUAAUUUACAAAAAGAGUUCAUAUUUUUAAAUCAAAAUUUAGUUUUAUGAGUAUUUAUAUUUACCUAUUUAUUAUGUAUAUUGAGAUAUAUUGACAGAUCAGUAUUAAUUAAUGUAAAAUUACUACAAAGACUGUGUACUUAAUCCUUCUUCAUGAGAGAAUAUUAAUCUUACGUAUAAUUGUGAAUGUGUACUUUCCAAACUUUUGUAUGUGUAUAGUUAGUAUGCACCCUCUGAGCUUAUGUCCCUAGUCGUUAGUCUCUAUUAGAAAUUCCCGACCAAGUACUUUAAGACUCGUUGUUAUCCAAUGUAAUAUCAUUCCUUUAGAUUUUACACUAUCAAAGCACCUGUGGUCAAAUUCGCUCGUCUGAAUAAUUCUGCACAAAGCUUUAACACGCAGGUCACACCCGCUUCAAAUGCAUAUAUUCGUCAAAAUAAAUACCUUCUAUAAUCUUAACAUUUCUCCUUUACUUCCUCACAAAAUAAUGUUUAUUGAAUGAUUGAUCACUAAUUUUUUAAGACAUUUUACCUGAGUCCUAACGUUUUUGUAAUAUUUACUAUUUUAUAUCCUUAUAUUUACUAUUGAGCUUGCUACACCUAUUUUAUAAAAAAUAAUAUUAUCAUAUAUAUUUUAUGUUUUUAUUGAAAUCUUUAUAUUGUAUUGCGAGGCAAACGAGCUUUGUAUUAUCACUCGUCCGUCACAUAAAUCUAUUAACAUUUGUCUUUGACGACUGAUUUUCAUUGUUAGUUUAAUCGUACGUGUAUUGUAAACUUUUAUAAAUCUAUGUGAAAAUGUUCACUGUGUAUACAAAUAUAUUAUAUUAUUAUUGUACUUAGAUGACAUGUAUUUGAUGUUUGUAAUUAGCAAGUGAAUAUUAUACACCACUAAAUUUUAAUCACCGAAAAAAAAAAUUCUGGGUAAUGAGUUAUUGAUACUGAUCCCAUUUGUGCAAAAAAAAGAGUAAAAUAAAGUGACUCAAAAUAUCCUCCUAAAAUUGGUAAUUUAUUGACACACGCGUCGCUAGCACUAUUUAAGUACGAUAAUGUAACACUUAUUAGAAUUAAAAAUUGUCUAAGUUAGCUAAGUAUGUAAUAAUACCACUGGAAGCGUGGGCGAGGCGUGAGCGAGACAGACAGAUCGAUGCAACGUGCGAGCGCGUACGACUACUCUAGCGAGCAGCGGAGUGACCCAGCUGUGACGCGUAAAAUACGGACUAACGAAAAUUUUAUAAAUAAAUUAACUUCAUGAAAACCAUUUCUUUUUCUUUUGCUUUCAAUAUUCCACACGUUUCUACAUAACCUGUUAAAAUUUUUUCGGUGAUAAAAAUUUAGUGGUGUAUACCUAAAUAUAUUAAACUUGGAAGAUAGUAUGUAAGGAAAAUAUUAAAUACAAGUUUAGAUUAGAAUGAGGAAAAAAGAACACAAUAUUUCUACGAGGUAUUAUAAACGUGCAAAAUUGUUUUUCAGCGAAAUUGGACUUCAUACAUUCAUAUUUUAUGUACUACCUAGAAUCCAAUAAUAAAUAACAUCGAUAAACAUGUGAAAAUAUGUUAUACCUACUUAAGUAGGUAAAUUAAUUCUAUUAAUCCUAUAAUACAUCGUAAAAAUAUUGUAACUUUAGAAAAUGUUGAACAAUUAUUGUUCAAAAAAAUGGAAUGGAGGGAGUUAAAAAAAUGCUAGGCGUAUAAAAUGUUUUUGCUACUGAAAACGCGACGCGACACCGCGAAAAGUGAGAUUGAAUCCGAUCGUUAAAGGCUAUGACUUGUAAGUAAAAUACAAUCUUUUCGGAAAGGAUAUCGUGGAAUAAGUAUUCAAAAUAUAAUAAUAAUAAAUCGAUCCAACUAUCACUUCAUAUCGAUCCAACUAUCUCUAGCCCCAAAAUAAGUUAACUAACUUGAAGUAAACAUAGCCUUGAUGUUUGGAAAUCGAAUGAGUUAAAACUUACCCCGGAAAACUGGUAGAUGAUUUUGUCGAUGUGGAGAAAACUUUUGAGAAAGUAUUAUUAUAUCAUGAAAUAAAUAAGAAUAUUAAAGCCCAAAAGUUUACUAGUUUUUCUAUGCUCGUGUGUGCUAAAUGUGCAAUUACAAAAUUACUGAAUAUACUUCAACAGCUUCGGUAAAGCCUAUGAUGUCAUAUCGUACUCAAAACUUUAUCAUAUCGCUGAGCUUCUUACCUUUAAGAAUUGUCUGUCAUAUCAUGAUAUCCCAUUGGCUGGAAUCGGAACUAAUCACCGAGUUUGAUUGAGUGUGUGGUGGAACUGGCACAAACAAAACCACAACAUGAUUAUUCCGUUACAGAUGGCAAAUCCUCUUGAUGGCUCACCUAGUUCCAAACUAAACGUUGAGAAUUCUUAUCAUUUCAAGAACUAGACCAUCUAUCUAAGAGUCAAUUAAUUAUAAAAAAAUAGGCUAUACUGUAAUUAAAGUUUGUUUUCGAAAUUCAAAAGUAUAUUUUGGAUGGUACUUAUUGCUUACAUACAUUUUUUUAUACAAAAAGAAACUUUUUAUAAAAGUCUUAUUUUAAUGGACAUUCCCAAUUUGGAUUAGAAAAUUCGUCGUAAGCUUGAAAGUUUUAAUAGGAUUGAUUCAAGAUCAUCAUAAAUAAAAGUCGGGAGGAAAAUUUGUUUGAAAAGUUUACUUAAUACAUACAAACUUAUAAAUCAAAUGAUGUUACGUAAUUAUUAGUUACCUUUUUAAUGAAAUAUCCAUACCUAUAGUAGAUAAAUGAAUGUUCUGUGCAAAUCCCAAGGAGGACUUUAAUAUAUCUGGAUGUCUACAUUAAGCAUAGUAAUCAUAGCCAUAGUUAAAAUCUGAAAUGUUUGUCUGAUUAAUCAAUUUUGUGUUUACGGUGAUGUAAUGAACUUCAUUGUAUGUAUUGACACUUGUGUUCCUGGCUUUAAAAAAUUCUGUGAA